AUCCAGGAAAGUCGCGAAAUGCAACAAAAUAUUCGAGGUCCCCCCAGGAACCUAACCGAAAAAGUUUGCAUCGACGACUCAAAUCCUGAAAGACAGGUGAGCAUCGGGUCCGAGCUACCUCUUGAGACAAAAAAGGAGCUCAUCGAUUUUUUGAAAAGCAAUGUCAAAACCUUUGCGUGGUCCACCAACGACAUGAAAGGAAUAGAUCCGAACGUCACCACCCAUAAGCUAAAAGUUGACCCUACUUUCAAACCGAUCAAACAGAAGCGUCGUAAGCUAGGUCUCGAAAAGGCUCAAGCUGUUAACGACGAAGUUGACCGACUUACGAAAGCUGGGUCCAUUCGAGAGGUACAUUACCCCGACUGGUUAGCUAACCCAGUAGUGGUAAAGAAGAAAAACGGGAAGUGGAGAAUCUGUGUAGAUUUCACAGACCUAAACAAAGCUUGCCCUAAAGACAGCUUCCCGUUACCUCACAUCGACCGCCUAGUUGAAGCAACAGCUGGCCAUCGACUCCUAUCCUUCAUGGAUGCCUUCUCAGGAUAUAACCAAAUCAUGAUGGAUCCUGAGGACCAGGAGAAAACUGCAUUCAUAACCGAACGAGGAACCUAUUGUUAUAAGGUUAUGCCAUUCGGAUUAAAGAACGCAGGAGCUACCUAUCAAAGGCUAGUAAAUAAGAUGUUUGCUGGACAACUUGGAAAAACCAUGGAGGUCUAUAUCGACGACAUGCUAGUCAAAUCCUCAGCCGGGGAAGAUCAUAUCUCCCAUUUAAGGGAAUGCUUCGAUAUCCUGAACAAGUACGAUAUGAAGCUCAAUCCCACUAAAUGUACUUUCGGGGUACCUUCAGGCGAGUUCCUAGGCUAUCUCGUAACCGAAAGAGGCAUUGAAGCCAACCCGCAGCAGAUAGCAACCUUCCUAGAAAUGCCGUCACCUAAGACGACCAGGGAGGUGCAGAGACUGACUGGACGAAUCGCGGCGUUGAAUCGAUUCAUAUCCAAGUCUACCGAUAAAUGUCUCCCAUUUUACAAGCUUCUAAGAAAUAAUAAGAAGUUCUUAUGGGACGAGAAAUGUGAGGAAGCCUUCAAGCAAUUGAAAGCUUACCUCUCCGAACCUCCGAUCCUAUCUAAACCAGUAAUAGGAGAGCCAUUGUACCUAUAUCUCGCUGUAUCAACUGCUGCAGUCAGCGGCGUUCUAGUACGAGAGGAACAAAACGAACAAAGACCUGUCUAUUACACCAGUAAAAGUUUGAUAGACGCCGAAACCAGGUACCCUGCGAUGGAAAAACUAGCUCUAGCAGUCGUAACAGCUGCCAGAAAAUUGCGACCUUACUUCCAAUCGCAUUCGAUCGUCGUAAUGACCUCACAACCAUUACGAAUGAUCUUGCACAGCCCCAGCCAGUCAGGGCGAUUGGCUAAAUGGGCCAUAGAACUCAGCGAAUAUGAUAUUGAGUAUAGACCUCGAGCAGCAGCGAAAGCUCAGGUCCUCGCUGACUUUAUCAUCGAAUUGACAUCCGAGCAGUUAGACUCCGAAAUGGAAUCUCCGAAGUGGAGCCUAUACGUCGACGGAGCCUCAUCAAAACAGGGCUCCGGUAUCGGUCUAAGGCUAACUUCUUCAGCAGGAGAAACCAUCGAGCAGUCAUAUAGGCUCGGAUUCAGCGCCUCAAACAACGAAGCUGAAUAUGAAGCACUAAUCGCAGGGUUGAAGCUCGCCCUAAGCCUCGGAAUCCGAGAGCUAAACGCUUAUAGUGAUUCACAGCUAGUAGCUAGCCAGUUUCACGGAGAAUAUGAAACGAGGGACGAAAGAAUGGGGGCAUAUCUCGAAGUCGUCCAGAACCUCACUAGGCAGUUCGACAAAUUCGAGCUAACGAGAAUCCCACGAGGUGAGAACUCCUCAGCAGAUGCAUUGGCUGCUUUAGCUUCCACAUCAGACCCCCUCGUAAAACGAAUCAUACCCGUAGAAGGAAUCGAGAAACCAAGCAUCGACAUAGCUACUAAAGCUGAAAAAGAGAGCAAACUAAAAGCGCAACCCGAAGGUACCUGCCCUGAAGCGGUAGCUACCCAGGUUUUCACAACAUUUUGGUUUCCAAAAACCAGAAUAUGCAGCGCAAAAAAGCAUACCUCCGGGAACAUAAUCCAAGUCACGGAAGAUAUUUCUCGAAAUUCAGACUCCUUAGAGCCUGAUCUCGAGAAUACCCCCGGGGGCACCAACUCAGACCCAGUCAUCUGCAGAGUUAAAACCAGAAGCCGUACAGCUCUCCAAAAUUCAUCUGGAGGUAUUCCUCGGAAUUCAGACUCCCUGGAGCCCAAUCCUACCAAUACCUCCGGGGGCACCACGACACCAGGUCCCGAAGUCCUCCUCAAACGAAGCAUUUCCGGACCUUACCUAAAAUGCGUCCAUGGCCUCGUUGCUAUGAGACUCAUGAAGGAAAUGCACGACGGUUCCUGCGGGAACCACUCUGGAGGAAGAGCUUUAGCCAUCAGAAUCAAAAGACAAGGAUAUUUCUGGCCUACCAUUAUUGCAGAUUGUGAGGCCUAUUCCUCUUCAUGCGACAAAUGCCAGAGGCAUGCACCGAUUAUACACCAACCUGCGGAGAAGCUGUCUAACAUAUCCGCCCCUUACCCAUUUAUGAGAUGGUCCAUGGAUAUCAUGGGGCCACUAGUACCAUCAGGAAGUGGAAAGAAGAAGCUACGCUUCCUCUUAGUCUUAACGGACUACUUCACGAAAUGGAUAGAGGCCGAAGCUUUCCAGCAGGUAACCAGGUUCGAGGUCGAGCAAUUCGUAUGGAAAGAUAUCGUAUGUAGACACGGCGUCCCGUACGAAAUCGUAACCGAUAAUGGAGGACAAUUCAUAUCCCACGAUUUCAAAAUAUUUUGUGACAAGUGGAAUAUCCGCCUGACCUUCUCAUCACCUCGCCGACCUCAAGGUAACGGACAGGCGGAGGCUGCUAAUAAAUCAAUACUAGCAAACCUCAAGAAACGCCUCGGAACCCAGAAGGAAUUCUGGUCAGAGAAGUUACUUGAAGUACUUUGGGCAUGUCGAACCACCCCACGAAAAGCUACAGAAGAAACUCCUUUCUCCUUAGCAUAUGGGAUGGAAGCCGUCGUUCCAGCCGAAACCAUUGCCGGUAUCCUAUCUCCAUUUGCAAUCAUAACAUGUCCAUGA